GCGAGGAGGCAAUAAAGACCAUUUUGGACCAUUACGCUAGUCACUAAUUUAUCAUUAAUCAUUAUUAAACUUAAGAAUUUGAUGGCUUUCUUGAAGCUGAAACUUGACAUUCAGCCGAUCCAACAGCUUCUACCGACCCACUUGGUUUCAUCCCAUCUCAAUCAAAGCUCAAAACUUUUUCCCAAGUACACCACCAACUGCUACAAAAUCAGCUCUACUUCGUCAACACUUGGAACCCAAAAAUUUGCAGUGAGAGCACUCUCCACUCCAGCACCAUCACCAGUGGAAAUGGGCAAAGCUAUUAGGGUUCAUGAACAUGGUGGACCUGAGGUCUUAAAAUGGGAGGAUGUGGAAAUAGGAGAACCAAAAGAGGGCGAAAUUCGUGUGAAAAACAAGGCCAUUGGGCUGAAUUUCAUUGAUGUCUACUUCCGUAGAGGAUUUUAUAAGGUUGAUACAAUGCCCUUCACUCCAGGAAUGGAGGCUUGUGGUGUUGUGACAGCAGUUGGCCCUGGACUAACGGGCAGGCAAGUUGGUGAUCUUGUAGCCUAUGCUGGAAGUCGAGGGGGCUCUCAUGUUGGAAGUCCAUUGGGCUCUUAUACUGAAGAGCAGAUCCUUCCUGCAGACAAAGUUGUUCCUGUUCCUGAAUCUAUUGCUCCCGUCAUUGCUGCGUCUGUCAUUCUUAAGGGCAUGACGGCUCAGUUUCUACUCCGUCGUUGUUUCAAGGUUGAGCCUGGACACACCAUUCUUGUUCAUGCUGCAGCUGGUGGAGUUGGAUCUCUAUUGUGCCAGUGGGCCAAUGCUCUUGGCGCUACUGUAAUUGGAACUGUCUCAACCAAGGAAAAAGCUGCUCUAGCCAAGGAUGAUGGAGCUCACCAUGUCAUAGUGUACAAGGAAGAAGAUUUUGUUGGUCGUGUGAAUGAGAUUACAUCGGGCAAUGGGGUCCAUGUUGUCUAUGACUCUGUGGGAAAGGAUACCUUUGAGGGCUCAUUGGCAUGCUUAAAACUUCGAGGAUACAUGGUGAGUUAUGGACAGUCAUCAGGGACACCUGAUCCGGUACCAUUAUCAGCUAUUGCAGAAAAAUCUUUGUUCUUGGCAAGGCCGGCUCUCUUUCAAUACAAUGUAUCCCGAGAUGAGUUAUUGGCAGCUGCAGGCGAGGUCUUUGCUAAUGUUGCAUCAGGUGUUCUGCGAGUUCGAGUAAAUCACACAUACCCUCUGUCUGAAGCACCUCGGGCACAUGCAGACCUCGAAGAUCGAAGAACAACUGGUUCAGUUGUUUUGAUACCAUAAGUAAGAGCUUAAUUUUUAUCAUUGUGAUACCUUUCGGAAAGAGCUUGUUCAUUUGAAAGGACAUGGACAUGUAUGAAAAAUAUGCUAGCAAAACUAGCACAUAUAUAAUAAAAUGGAUUGCAUCUAGUCUUUUGCUGAA